CUAGUUUUCUCUUCUAUAUAUAAACGGAAUCUGCCUCUGCAGCUUCUCUCCUCUCUACAUCAGUGUACUAUGGCAAGUAUUGCUGCUCAGCUGGCCAAGGAUAGGUGCUCAGCCCUAGGCAUUGGCACCAAUAAAAACCCGGUAAAAUACUUGAACCAGGACUAUGAGGAGCUGCUGGCACAGUGCCUGGCAUCUGGAAAGCUAUUUGAAGAUCCAACUUUUCUAGCUGCUCAGGCUUCUCUGGGUGUCAAUGAUCUUGGACCAAAGUCAGAAAAAGUACAAGGGCUCGUCUGGAAAAGACCUGCGGAAAUAAAGGAAAAGCCUCAAUUUAUUAACGAAGGUGCAAAUCGAGCUGAUGUACGGCAAGGAUCUUUAGGCGACUGCUGGUUUCUUUGCUCCAUUGCAUCUCUCACCCUAAAUGAAGAGUGUUUGAACCGCGUGGUUCCAGGAGAUCAAAGCUUUGAUAACAACUAUGCAGGGAUCUUCCAUUUCAAGGUAACUCAAGUCCCAUUUUUAUCUACUUUGAAGCUGUAUAAUGAUCUUAGAGAGCUGGAGAAGGAGAAUCAGCUGCACACAGCCCAUCCCAGUGAAUGGCUUGGGGGGGAGGGUGUUAGCAGAGGGCCUGGAUCAUUGGAGGAGAGCAAUCUGAGUUCCCAGGACAGCUAG